AUCGUUGACCCAACGGCGACUUGAGCUAUCUUGUUGAACUUACAUCGCCCAAUCUCCGUCACAGCCUUCACCAUUCUCUUCUCCAGCGUGGAAUUGCCUCCUCGGCGCACACCUCCUUCAUCGCUCCGCAAAGGUCGGCCCGACACCGUCUUCUAGGUUUCAGUCUGCUACCAUGGCGUCGAGUGCCGGUGAAUCUGGCGCGCCUACAAAGGAGGUAGAGGAAGUUGUUCGUUCGCCUCAGCCGGAAGAGAGAAAGGCGGUAACGGUAGAGGACGUCGACGACGUUCCCGACCCGGACGAGGAUGACCUAGACGACCUGGAUGAAAUGCUCCAUGAAUUCUCAGCAGCGAAGAUCGACACCAAGAAGCCGGAGGAGCCUGCAGAGCCACCCAAACCCGCUGCGGCAACCGCCACCGAGGAGGAAUCGCUACUCGAUGAUGACUUCGCCAAGCAACUCCAGGCCGGCAUGGCCGAGUUGCUGGGGGACUUAGAUAACUCGCCCGAGAUGCAGGCGCAGUUCGAGAGCAUAUUCAAAGAGCUGGGCGCGGCAGCCUCAGCGAGCGCUGACCAAGCCUCGACAACAACACACCCGCCAAGGCCAACCAGCGGCUCUUCGGCAACAGGCCCUGCGAGCGCCGAGGCGUCGUUCCAGGACACGAUCCGGCGCACCAUGGAGCGCAUGCAGGUCUCCGGGGAGCAGGCGACAGCUGCGGCGGCCGCCGAAGGCUCGGACGACUUCCUUGCCGAGCUCCUCAAGCAGAUGCAAAGCGGUGGCGGCGCUGACGGUGAGGGUGGCGAGGAGGAGUUUUCCAAGAUGCUGAUGGGCAUGAUGGAGCAGCUCACCAACAAGGAGAUCCUGUACGAGCCCAUGAAGGACCUCAACGACAAGUUUCCCGAAUGGCUGGAAAAGAACCGGGACAAGACGUCGGCCGAGGACCUCAAGCGCUAUGAGGAGCAGCAGGUCCUAGUCAAGGAAAUCGUCCUCAGGUUUGAAGAGCCGACAUACUCGGACGCCAACACGGCGGACCGGGAAUACAUUUUAGACCGGAUGCAGAAGAUGCAAGCCUCCGGGUCGCCGCCAUCAGACCUGGUUGGGGACAUGCCCUCGACGCAGGACGUGCUCAAUAUGCCCGAUGAGUCUUGUAAUCCCCAAUAGCGUGAGCCGGGUUCCCAGAUGAACAAGGCACCGCGAAUGGGUAGUUAGGAUAUGUUAGCCGCUCCAUGAGCCACCCUUCCAAACUCGAGACCCCACAGGCCGGAAACCCGAUGCAAUCUGCCAAAACGCCCCUAUCUAUCCGCACGGCCCGUCCCAUGACACCAGAACUCCGGUCAAUCAUACAAUACACAGUGACCCAGACGAAACAACCGCCCAUCAGGACAUCUCCACGUCUGGCGAAUGAGCCAACCCCUGCUCCGGUUGCUGCGACCGGAUUAGAUCCAUAAACAG